AAGGUCAACCAGUUCCUUAUUCCAGUACGUCCCACCCGGGCGGGGUAAAGUCUCGCGCAGACGUUGGCGUUCUUCCGGGCAAUGUGGUAUUUAAAAACAAGCAUUAUUCCCAGGAUGAGAACCUCAACACUUUCGGGUAUGCUUGAUUUGUGUUUUCUUGAAAGUAAAAACAAAAUAUUUUUAAGUAUUUUAAUUUUUAGGCGAAAAAACAAAACUGCGACAGAAAAUUAUGUAGUCAAAGAAAAGCAAUAAAGGGAAAAAUCACUUAAAAAAAAACUUAAGAUGCUCAGGAAAAUAUUUCAAUGAUGUUACUGACCAGCUACAUGAAACAAGGUGAUAUAGAUAGAUUUGAAAAGCAAAUGUAACGUUAAAUAGUCCGUUUUUGAAAACUAUGUAAAAAGGAAUGUGUAAAAUCCUGAUUUUCUAAAUUGUACCACACACAUAACAUUUCGUUUUUGCCUUCUGCAUGCAUUAUUUAAAAAAAAUAAAAAAAUAAAAAAACAGUCAACUGCAACAUGCAUGCUGCACCCUAGCGGCCAAAAUAAUCCAAAUAAUUCCGUGCGUGUGAGUGUGUGUGUGCGUGCGCCCUCUGUGCCAGACUCCUCCAGCCAGAUGAUGGCGGCUAAUUAUUGGACACAAUGAAGCCAUUUUACUUUGAAUACAAACUGGCCUCUUUUUCCUUUCGCUCUUCCCACAUUCUUUGUGUCUCGUCGCUCAUUCUUUCUUCCGUGCACUUCACUCCUCUCACUCCUCGUUUUGGAUGAUUUCAGCUCAUAGAAUUAGACUUUAUUUGCACACAAGAAUAGUAACAUGACAAAAAAAAAAGUAUGUAUGUCACUGUGUGAAAGCUUUGUUAUUUAUUUAUUUUAAAUGUUUUUUUUGAUUAUAUUUAUUUUUAUUUUUACUCACCCGGGGCAGGAAAGGGAGGACACAGGAAGCAGGGAAGCAUCCCACCGCUUUCCUUCCCACUUCCUCCUUUCCUGUCUGCAGUCUCUUCCUGUUUGUAACUUGGGGAGUCACACCCCCAAAAGGGUGAAAAGGCGCCUUCAUUUGUGACAGUCAACCAAAACACCCAUGUCGUAUCACCAAUAAAGUACUUAUAAUACAGUAUAUAUUGUGUUUUACAAAAAUGCGUAACGACAUGCAGGUACAUGUGAAUGAAAAAGCGGAGCGUGAGGAGUCUCUGUCACAAAAAUGUGCGAGUACAGUCAAUGCACAGGCUCUGAAAUAUUCACACACUCCUUUUACUUAUCGCCCAUUUCCUGUUUUUGUAUUAUUUUUAAUAUCGGUACAGCGGCCACUGCAAUCCGCUUCUUCCUCAACAAUCACGGGACGUUGUUUGUGGACCUCGCGCGAGGGUCAAUCGCCUGAUUGACGGCGGCGACUAACCCCCCACCCCCGCGAUUGUCUAGUUUAAUUACGUACAGCCGCGUCGCUCGGUGCGCGGCGGUCCUUACUGCGAGCUUCUACUAGUAUUUUGGUUGCGACGCACAGACACAAACGCAGUACCCAGGACAAUGUUGACAGCUCCACAAUAGCCAGAAAACAGGACAUCCUCCUUUUCUGCAGCAGAGCAAUUACUCAGCCACUGCGUGCAUGCGUGACUAGGCAAUCUGAAGAAUGUGGUUUAGGAGCCGUCCACGCGUGCCAAUGAAGACAAUACGGGUGGCAAAACUCCUCAGCUCACUUCAACAUAGUUCAUUGGCACCACGAUUUGGUACAAAGUAGCAGGAACAGUUUCAUCCGUCCCUGCCGCUCACCUUCAAAUGUCAUCUUUCUCUGAGACUUUGCCGGCCAUCUGUCGCAGUAGAACCUGUUGCUGUGGCGGGGCCUAAAACGAGAACGAGUUGCGCAAACGUCACCUGCGAGCACACCGAGCCAAAGUCAGCUGGCUGCAGCUCACCUGCGACACUAAUGACGGUGAUGACCUCACUGCUGUACCGUGGUGCUGCGAUGAAAGACCUCUCCUCUUCCUCCUCUCCUCUCAACUCCCAGCUCCACUACCCUGCCUCCAAGACCUUCUCCCCGUCCCCCGGCGCCGUCCCUUCGGCCCCCAAGCUGCAGCCUUUCUGCCUCCAGACCGGGCCGCACCUCAUCGCCAGUAUGCAGCUGCAGAAGCUCAACUCUCACUACCAGAACCUGGUGGGGUCCUCGGUGGGACACCUGACGCCCGGUGCCGUUCAAAGGGGAUUUAGGGCCGGAAACCAGAUCCCGGGGCCCCCCGGAGGGGGGAUGGGUGCGGGUGUCGGGGCAGGGACGCAGAGCGCCGGCCCGAGCGGAGUCUCGGACUUUGACCUCGUAGACGAGGAGGUCCUCACGUCGCUGGUGGUGGAGCUCGGACUGGACCGAGCAAAUGACUUGCCCGAACUUUGGCUGGGCCAAAACGAGUUUGACUUCAUGUCAGAUGUGCCGGCUGGCUGCUAAGCGAGAACCUUAAAAGAACAACGGCUGAGAACAUUAGCUUAAUUUUGACACCAUUCAGACCUCGGUGAAAAAGGACUGUGUCUUCUCAAUGUUUGUAAAAAAAAGUAGCUAGUCCUAAAGGAACAAACUAGAAUCCAAACCUCUGUCAUCAGUUUAGUGGAUCACAUGUUCUUACAGUUAUGUAGAAAAUGGUCGCUGGGGUUGUUUUUGAGUAAUUUAGCUGGGCAUAAUGGUUAACCUGCUUAAGAGACUACAGCAUGCUAUCCAUUUCCUUCUAAAAAAAAAUUUACAUCUGUGCCAUUAACCCCAGCAACAGAAAAGUCAACUAAUUAGCUUGUCUUAGUCAUGCUAACGUCUCAAUUUCUACCACGUUUUAUCUUUUUUUCUUUUUUUAAAUAAACUUAAACGAUUUCCUUUCCAAACACUUCACGCAA